UUACACGUUUACAUAAUUACUGAGCAGAUAAUGUAGACAUUUUCAAAUAUGAAAUAUAAAUACAUCUUUGUUUACUUCGGCGCAUAGUCUUGUAUAUUAAUAUUUAACCCUAAACAAAAUGUAAAUGUAAAUGGAUUAGUAAUCACAAAGCGGCAUUCUUCGUACGAAUACAACUUAUACACGCUACAUGACUCUCGUUGACUCAAAAUCAUUAACAGGAAGUAAAAUACUGAUACUGCCCGUGAAUUAGCUCUUUUCUUGAUAUUGAAGUAACAAAGACAUUUCAAAUACCACGAGGAAGUAAAGGAUAAAGUGCUUGAAAGUAAUUUGGGAAAUUCAGUUAAAUGAUCGGCAAGGUUUUUACAAGGGAGAAUAAAUCCACGAGAAUUUGGUGAAAAUGGAAACACAUAGAGGAGUGACAAUUUACCUGUUGUUUCUUACGUUGAAACAGAUCACAGACGUCAGCGCAACUGAUAUCGACACAUAUCAGAAGACAAAAUGCAAAACACAACACUUUUAUCAUCGGGUGACUUUAAACUGCAGUCAUCAAAACCUUACCUAUAUCCCAAAGACUGAGAACUUCGUGCAAAACCUGAUAUUUGGGUACAAUUUUUUAACAAAUGUCACGUCGGGAACAUUUACAAAUAUCAGCAACCCGGCUGAUUUGAUAGAGCUUCAACUCGACCAUAACGACAUCAAGAACAUUUCAUCAGAAGCUCUUCAUACGUUUACAAAAUUGAAAUACUUGUAUUUAUCAAACAAUCCUAUAGACUACAACAACUUAAAAGAUUUCUUCGGCUCUUUGGCAACAUUGAAGUUUCUUUCGCACUUGAGAUUGAGCGACAUACCCACUAUUACACUAGAUAAGGAUUUAUUUUCACUGCUGGAAGAAAAUCGAAUUGGAACGUUGGAAGUGAAAUUCUACAAGUUGACAAAAUUUUCAAUGGACAUGUUUAGAAAUUUUAACAAUUUGAGAAGUCUUUAUCUAAGAGACAAUCAAAUUGUGGAGCUGAUUUUAUCUAAACAUAAGAAUUUGCAGUCUUUAUACAUCGACCACAAUAAUCUGAGAGUAUUCCCUAAUUUUUCAUUAAGUGGAAAUGAUUCAGACUGCUAUUUGCCAGACUUGGAAGUUCUCAAUGUCCAAAGCAACAGUAUAGAUGCCCUUAGUCCGAACAAUUUCAAAUGUCUGCAGAAAUUACAAAAUCUUAAACUUGGUGGAAAUCCUAUUAAAGUAUUGCGGAACAACGUCUUGUCAAAGUUACCUAAUCUUGAUUUGUUGCAGUUGAGGUAUUUGAGAGCAGGAAGUUUAUUGAUUGAACCAUUUGCUUUCAAUUCAACAUCACUCAAAAAGCUUAAGUUCGGAUUAGGAAGUAGAGCUAGAGACGUUUUCGUUUCUUUCAAUGACACAUUUAAGUUUUUGCCAAAUUUGAAGCAUUUGGUGAUAUAUCGAAUCAACAUGCUAGAAGUAACAAGUGAACAAUUAGCAGGUCUAUUUAAUCCCCUCACUAGUCUUACAUUUUUCAGUUGUUUUGCGUGUCAAAUUUCACAGGAUCCAAAAUUCAUCUUGACUAAUAUGAAAUCUGUAAGUAAUAUUGGUCUGCAAGGCAAUCUGAUUAAAACAUUAAGUGGAGAAACGUUUGCGAAAAACAAGUAUUUGAAAUUUCUCAAUUUAAGAUAUAACCAAAUAGGCCACAUAAAGGAGUCAGCCCUUUCAAGAACACUUUUAGGAAGAUUACAUCAAUUAGAUCUCAGUAAAAAUCCCUUUGUGUGUGACUGUGAACUUGAAUGGUUUAUUAACUGGCUGGAAACUAAACCGAAAGGGACAAGAGUCGAAAAGUAUCCACACGGCUACAUAUGCUUCGGACCGGCGGGAAUGUCUAAUAAACUGCUGUCAGAAGUGACUUUCACCUACAGAGAAUGCCACCCAUGGAGUCCUUGGAUUUGGACCGCCCUUAUUGCUUCGCCUUGUACCAUUGUGAUAGCCAUUAUCGGUAUUCUACUCUACAGAAAUAGAUGGAAUAUUAAGCAUUAUAUCUAUUUGUUACGAAAGAGAAGACGCUACAAGACAAUACCCGGAAAUGACUACGAGUUCGAUGCCUUUGUCGCCUAUAAAGCAGAGGAUUCCGAAUGGGUACACGGUAGGCUACUUCCGGUUCUUGAAGAUGAAAUUGGGUUGAAAUUAUGCAUUCAUGAACGAGAUUUUAAACUAGGAGUGUUUAUAAACGACAAUAUUAUCAGCAAUAUAGACGCUAGUGAGAAAAUGAUUCUGAUUCUUUCGAAUUCCUUUGCACGUAGUGGAUGGUGUAUGUUCGAGCUGAAAGUUGCGCAUACUAAACUCAUUGAAGAAGAAAAAGAAUUGGUGAUUAUUCUCUUAGAGAAAAUAGAUGCAAAAAACAUGAAAAAUUCUAUCAAAGUUCUUUUAAAUACGACGACUUAUAUAGAAUGGACAGAGGAUCAGGUGGGACAAGAACUGUUCUGGACGAAACUUAAAAAUGUUCUUAAAAAGUGAAAAUAUCUGAGAUGUAGCAUAUGAUAAAUAUAUAAAAAGGUCCGUACAAAGUAUAGCGCACAACCAAACAGAACAAUAACAGACGGUAUAGGGUCUGUUUACGAGUGGUUAUUAAAAAUAUGUAACAAUUCUCAAGCCCCAAUCACUGACUGAUGCGGAAUUCUAUGUUUUUGUUUGUUUGUUUGUGUUGGGUUUAACGCCGUUUUUCAACAGUAUUUCAGUCAUGUAACGGCGGGCAGUUAACCUAACCAGUGUUCCUGGAUUCUGUACCAGUACAAACUUGUUCUCCGCAAGUAACUGCCAACUUCCCCACAUGAAUUAUCAGAGGUGGAGGACUAAUGAUUGCAGACACAAUGUCGUUUAUCAAAUAGUCACGGAGAACAUACGCCCCGCCCGAGGAUCGAACUCGCGAUUCUAUGAUACAUAAACAUGGAAUGGACUGAGUGAUCCAAAAGGGCAAGAAAAUACUUACCGUGAAAUAAUAAUAGUUCGUGGAGAAUAUUUUGUUGACUUUGUCCUUUCAUCAAUCCGCGAAAAUUAAUCACAACAAACUUAUACAAUUCGUUAUGCCUACGGAAAUUAACGAUUUUUACAGUGUUGAUAUUGACAACAACCUAUAAUAAUAAAUCUUAAAAAUAAAACGAAACGGAGGAAGGUAUGUAGUACGUACGUACGUACGUGUGCUUUUGGGUGGUGUGUGUUCAAGUUUAACGUUCAACAUGUUUUCAGGCAUAUAAACGACGGUGUCUAGUUUUAGCAGUGAGCUCAAUUGCUGUCACACUAAUAUCACGCCGGAGUCACGUGUCGCAAUACCCCACCCAGUCACAUUAUACCGCUGUACCACUAGGCUACCGUUGCGGUAAAUCGAGAAAGGGGUAGUUAAAUUUGUAAAUGAUAUUGGUAAUAUAUACUAUAUUUGAUUUUAAUUUCAACAAAUAUGAUAGCGUUAAGUAAGCCAUAACGAUAUAUAUA